CCACAGCGACCGGAAGUGGGGCGGGAGCGCCGGAAGUUGAUGGGAAUUUCCUGUGAGCUCGGCUUCCUCAACAUGGCAGCGCCCUUGUCAGUGGAGGUGGAGUUCGGAGGCGGCGCGGAGCUCCUUUUUGAUGGCGUAAAGAAACAUCAGGUCACCUUACCUGGACAGGAGGAACCCUGGGUCAUCCGGGACCUCCUUGUCUGGAUCAAGAAGAAUUUGCUAAAAGAGCGGCCCGAGUUGUUCGUCCAGGGAGACAGCGUGACGGGCUGCUCUCAGGCUUGUGGGUGCUUGAGGCCCCGGGCAGCCUCCCUGAUUCCAAGGAGCCAAGAGAGCCUCUGCUCCAGGACAGGCCUGUGGGAGGCCCCAGAGAGUGAGGCGGCCAGGAAUUCUGGUGCUGAUUAACGAUGCGGACUGGGAACUACUGGGCGAGCUGGACUACCAGCUGCAGGACCAGGACAGCAUCCUCUUCAUAUCCACGCUGCACGGCGGCUGAGGACCCCGCUCUGUGCCCAGGCUCCCGUGGGGUGGGGAGCAGAGCACAGUCAGACAUCCCCUGGGGCCCCGCUUCCAGGUCUCCCUGUCCCCCUUGGCCGCCUUCUUCCCGGCUCCGUCCCCCGAGCUCCCUCCAGGCAGGGAAAAGAGGCCAGGUGCUAAAAAUGAGCCUUUCUCAGGCACGUGAGUGGGGGCAGGCGGGCUCAGCCCUGCCUCCCCCACCAGCAGCCGAGGUGGGGGAGGGUACCCCUCUGGUUUGUUAUAACAGGAGGGGGCUCCCUGGCCAGGUGACCCAGCUGCCGUCUACUCCUUGUGUCUCAGUCCAAACACUGAGUGACCCCUGACAAGGCACUCUACUCCCGGGCUCUGGUGUCUUCAUGGGGAAGAUGAAUGGACCGGAAUAGCUGAUAGGAGGCCCCUCCCUUCUCCAAGAUAGGAGGAGUCUCUGCCUCAGUUUCCCCAUCUAGACAGCAGAGGGCUCUGGCUGUCCCCCACUGAUAUCAUUAUGGAACCCCAGCUGGGGUCCCCUAUUCAGUGCUGACUCCCCCCUCCCAGCAGCUGCUCUCCCAACCACACCCCUCCUCCUGCUCCCCCAUCCCCAGCCCUUGACCCUGGCUGGCCUCCCCCCCCCCCCACCGGCCCCACAGGCCACCAGAUGGGCUCCUAAGACCCUCCCCCAGCAAAAGGCUGCCUGCAGCUCGUUCUGGAGAGGGAGAGCGAGGAGCAGGCAAAAGCUUGGAUGGGCACAUAGAGGCCUGAGGGGUCAGAGGGCCUCAGUUUCCUCCUCAACAGCAACUGAAUAUUUAUAAGUAUCUGAAAGCAGGCGUGAUCCUUGAUGGCACAAAUGUAGGCUUGAUCUCCUUUCCCACCUCCUGCAGGAAGCAGGAUGGGGGCAGGCCGCACCUGGUAGGCAGGGUGGUUUGCCCCUCCUCCCUCCGUGCCUUCUGGAAGUCUUGGGGCCUCAGUGCCUGCAACAGCUGGCCUUGGGCAAAUAAAAGACCAGGUUGUUUACUAGCUUUGCCUGGAGUUUCAUCCUUAGAAACCAGUGGCACCCCAGAACCCCCCGGCCGUGGUCCAUGGUCCAACUCUCUGCCCUCAGCUUAGGGCUUUCAGAGCUGCCCUUCACCCAAAAAGAGGGCAGGGGUUAAAACCCAGACUACACAGACGGUCUGGGAGAGAGUGGUCUGCUAGGGCCAUCUGGAGAACGGGAUGGCAGAGCCUGUCCGUGCUGACCAGUCUGGGCCCAGGACACUUCUCUACUUGUCCAAGACCAGGCUUUGUUCCACCAGCUGCAGCCUGCAGCCCCAGAAACGAGACUGGGGGUGUCCUAUCAGACUGCUGAACCUCCCUUCCCAUGAUCUGGAGAAGAAGCUUCACUAGUGGGGGAAACCUCAAAAAAAAAAAAAAAAA